AUGGAAGAAGCGGAGUGCUAUAAUUGUAGUCUGUUCCUAGACAUAAAUAGCACUUUCGCAACGAACUCUACAAGGAAUGGAACACUUAUAAACAAGUUCUAUUUCUACCAGACCGCACAGUUGGCUGUAUUGUGGGUGCUACUGGUGGCGAUCGUCGCUGGAAAUGCCACCGUGGUCUUGGCAUUACUUCUUACUAAGUCCAGGAAGAGUCGGAUGAACUUCUUCAUCAUGCAGCUAGCUAUAGCAGAUUUAUGGGUGGGGUUAAUAAGUGUUCUCCCUGAUUUAAUACAACGAAUAACGAUAUCUUGGUUGGCUGGAUCGAUCGCUUGCAAAUUGAUGAAGUAUUUACAGGGUGUAGUUACGUAUUCCUCUACAUACGUUUUAGUUGCACUCAGCGUGGAUAGAUGCGACGCUAUAACGCAUCCAAUGAAUUUUACGGGAAGCUGGCGUCGCGCAAGAGCACUAAUAGUAAGUGCGUGGUUAGUCAGUUUUCUGUUCUGCAUACCGAUGCUGUUCCUUUUCGAUGAAGCAAAUAUUGAAGGUACUCUCCAAUGUUGGUCAAGUAUCAACGAACUACAGUGGCAAAUUUGGAUGACAAGCGUUUUUGUCUCAUUAUUUGUAGCACCUGCUCUUACGAUAUCCGCUUGCUACGGUGUUAUUGUAGUUACAAUACGGCAGAAGAGUAGAAGAGUUUUAGGUAAAAGAACUGGUGCUACUAGACAAUAUAGUGAUGACUUGGACAGCCGCCGGGCGAGCAGUCGUGGUAUAAUUCCGAAGGCAAAAAUAAAAACUGUCAAGAUGACUUUUGUAAUUGUUUUUGUGUUCGUUCUAUGUUGGUCGCCGUACAUGAUCUUCGAUCUACUUCAAGUUUAUGGUUACGUACCAGACACACAAGUCAAUAUUGCCAUCGCAUCGCUCAUCCAAAGCCUCGCUCCGCUCAACUCUGCUGCAAAUCCGGUUAUCUACUUUAUAUUUUCCAACAGGAUAUUUCUCAGCCUUAGGAACAUUCCACCAUAUAAAUGGUUUUGGUGCUGGAUGAAGAACACAGGGAGUCCUACGGGGAACGAGUCUAGGGCUCACACGGAGUUGCUGACAUCGUCACACAGAAGAACCAGACAUGAGCUUACUAUUAGGCUAAACGAUGACAGCAUAAAGAUGCCUAAGCAACGUCUCCAUCAAUGUAAUAGCAAUUCUCGCAAGGUUCGUCUUCAUGUUCCCGAAGGGCAGAACCAAUAUCACAACAACAGUCAUCCGCAGCAUGGAAGACCAAGGGAAGACACAUUUUUGUAA